GCAGCGAUAUACCGUAUGAGCUCAGGUCUGGGAUUACAAAGCAGAAACGGCGGAUACAAAACCUUGCCUUUUUGGAAAGAUAUUGGAAUGGUUUUGCAAUUAUCAUAGCAGAGUUUCUUUUUUUUUCUACCACGGGUUACAUAGUUCGAUCUAUGAUUAAAAAACAAAAGGAUUUGUCUGUUAUCAAAGCGACCGGAGAAUGUCAAGCACAGUAAUGAAAUGGCAAGUACACUUCUUUAUUUUGUGUCUGUUUUCCGUACAGUCGGCGGUGGGGCAAGUACAGUACUCUAUAGCAGAAGAAAUGGCAAAGGGGUCGUUUGUAGGUAAUGUUGUGCAAGAUUUGGGAUUAGAUCUCAAAAGGCUGAAAUCGGGGAGGGCUCGUGUAUUUACCAGAGACAACCGCGAGUACAUAGGGCUGAAUAUAGAGAAAGGAGUACUGGUUAUAAAAGAAAGACUAGACAGAGAGCAGCUGUGCGCAAAAACAUCCCCUUGCACUCUGGCGUUUCAGAUUAUUUUGGAAAAUCCAAUGGAAUUAUAUCGUGUCACCAUUGAAAUUACCGAUGUUAAUGAUAAUGCUCCUUCCUUCACCAGAGAAGAGAUUUCAUUACAAAUCAGCGAGUCUGCUCAGCCAGGAGCAAAAUUUGUCCUAGAGAGCGCUGUGGAUCCUGAUGUGGGUGUUAACACACUGCAAAACUAUAUGCUAAAACCCACCGAUAAUUUCGUUUUACAAUUACAUUCACAGCCGGAUGACAGUAAGCAAGUAGAAAUGGUGCUUAAUAAGCCGUUAGAUAGAGAAAAGCAAGACAAAAUCACUUUAUUAUUAACAGCUGUAGAUGGUGGGGAUCCGCAAAUGUCUGGCACGCUUAAAAUUCACAUAACUGUGCUUGAUGCCAAUGACAACGCUCCUGUUUUUACACAGGCAGUUUACAAAGCGGUUGUCGUUGAGAAUGCAAUGAAAGGCACCUUGGUGACAACAGUGAGUGCCACCGAUAUUGAUGAGGGUUCAAAUGCUAUAGUCACAUACUCAAUGUCACACGUGGCAGAUGGAAUAGAUAAAUUAUUCCAAAUUGACCCGCAUAGCGGGGAAGUAAAAGUGGCUGGGCAAAUAGAUUUUGAAAAAUCGAAAUAUUAUCAGAUUAACAUCCAAGCAAAAGACGACGGCAGUCUUACGGAUUCAAGUAAAAUACUACUCGAAGUUGUCGACGUAAACGACAACUCCCCGGAGAUUACGCUCAUGUCUUUUUCGAAUGCAGUACCUGAAAAUGCGUUGCCUGGCACUGUUAUAGCAAUGCUCAAUAUUCAAGACCAAGACUCUGGGAAUAACGGAAUCGUCCAUUGUAUUAUUAACGAAAACAUUCCGUUUAAGAUCACAUUAUCUUCAAGCACCUUUUAUAACUUGGUGACUGAUAAAAUCUUGGACCGAGAAACAAACUCAGAAUAUAAUAUUACUGUUAUUGCUACGGAUGAAGGUGUGCCUCCUCUGUCAAGCAAUAUAACCUUAACACUGAAAAUAUUAGACAUUAACGAUAAUGCUCCCGUUUUUGAGAAAAGCUCAUUUAUAACAUCUAUAGCAGAAAAUAACACACCAGGCCUGUCUGUUCUAACCUUGAAAUCGUACGACGCUGAUUGGAACCAGAAUGCUCGUAUUUCUUAUAUUCUUGAAGAAACAAAGAUUAACGGAGAACCUGUUUCUUCAUAUAUAUCCGUCAGCCCUGACAGCGGAGUCAUCCGUGCAGUGCGCUCUUUUGACUAUGAACAACUCAAAAGCUUUGAUCUUCGCGUGAGAGCCCAGGACGGAGGGUCUCCACCUCUUAGCAGCAACGUGACAGUUAGCAUUUUCGUGCAAGAUCAGAACGACAACUCUCCACAGGUCCUCUACCCAGUCCACACUGAUGGCUCUCUGGUGGCUGAAAUGGUGCCUCGUUCAGCAGACGCUGGCUAUCUUGUCACUAAAGUUGUAGCUGUUGAUGCUGACUCUGGGCAAAACGCCUGGCUCUCAUAUAAACUGCUGAAAGCCACAGACAGGACUCUGUUUGAAGUGGGAUUACAGAACGGAGAAAUAAGAACUUUACGUCAGGUUACAGAUAAAGACGCUGUGAAACAGAGGCUUGUUGUUGUAGUGGAGGACAACGGGCAGCCCUCUCGUUCAGCUACAGUGAAUGUGAACGUGGCGGUGGCGGACAGCUUCCCUGAAGUGCUCUCGGAAUUCACUGACUUCUCACAGAACAAGGAUUACAAUGACAACCUGACUUUUUAUUUAGUUGUGUCUUUGGCUGUAGUUUCUUUUCUUUUUAUUUCGUCACUUGUAGUUAUUCUCUCAGUAAAGUUCUACAAAUGGAGACAAUCUCAUUUUUUCUCUGAUUCCAGCGGACGUUUCCCAGUUAUUCCAAGCGCGUAUUAUCCUCCUCAUUACGCAGACGUUGGCGCUACGGGAACUCUACAGCGCGUGUAUAAUUACGAGGUGUGUUUGACAACAGACUCUGGGAAAAGCGAAUACAAAUAUAUCAGACCGGUUAGUCAAAGUAUUGUAAACGCUGAUGCCACUGGUCCAGAGAUUGUGCUGCAGGACUCAUCACAGGAGCUGUUUUCCAGCAGGACCUCCCAUUCAAUCUCUGCGUGUAGGAGACAGACCACCUCUCAGUGCGCACUGCUUGGAUUACAAAACAGAAACCGUGGAUUCUAACCUCUGUUUCUUUAUCAAGAGAAACUCCUUCGAAAAUAUCACCCGGUCAUUUCAGUCAAACCUAAAUAAUACACACGGUGGUGGACAGUAACGGUUUUGCGUGCUUUCAGAUCGCCAGGAGCA